GUCAUCAUGGCCUCCGCUAGCUGAAAGUAGAUUGGAAUUCAGACAUGAAAAUCCUUUGAAUUUGUGUAGAUCGUUGAGUUUUCUUCCUUUGUCCAUUUGAUAUAGCUAGUUUAUUUAGUAUUGGUUAUCUAGGAUCGAUUCUUCUCAUUCCCACGUGUCUCUGUGGUUAGAAUGUCCCGUCAUGAAGGUGUCAGCUGUGACUCUUGCUUAAAAGGCAAUUUUCGGGGCAAGAGAUACAAGUGUUUGAUCUGCUAUGACUAUGACCUGUGUUCAACAUGCUACGAGGCGGGGGCCACUACAACAAGACACACCACUGAACACCCAAUGCAGUGUAUCUUGACGCGGACAGACUUCGAUCUAUACUAUGGAGGAGAGGCCCUCACCACUGAACAACCUCAGUCUUUCACAUGCCCUUAUUGUGGGAAAAUGGGAUUCCCAGAGGCCACACUACAUGACCACGUCACUUCAGAACAUGCUGAUGCCUCAGUAGAAGUGGUGUGUCCGGUGUGUGCGGCCCUCCCCGGCGGUGACCCCAAUCAUGUCACUGAUGACUUCGCCUCCCAUCUCACCCUGGAACACAGGACACCCAGAGAUUUCGAUGAACCUGCAGGCAUGCGUCAUGUGCGACGUAUUCCUCACCCAGGUAGGGGAGUGAGUGGCUCACGCACACGGCGAGCUAAUAUGCAUUUUGCAUCUACUGGGACAGCACUCACCGGGCUUUCACCAAGUGGCAGAGAAACUAUGGAUCCAAUUGCAGAGCUGCUGUCUCAGCUCUCCAGUGUUCGAAGUCGUGCGGCAGCUGCACAGUCGGUGUCGUCCCAGUUACAGCAGCUGGAGAUGCAGCUACAAUCAACUAGAAACAGUCAACAGAUAUCCUCGUGGUGUUACAACAGACAACAACUGGAGAGGUUGCCGCGCCGACAGGCCGAGGCGGCCAAGGUGGCGUUGCCGUCUAAUGCCCAGAACAGUAAUGCUGACCAAGGAGGCAGCAGUGGGGGGAGCAGCCAGUCCAAUUCUCUCUAUCUUCUUGUCAAAUGUAGUGACGAGUUGUCAGAGUCGGAACAGAAAGCUGAGAUGGAGCGCAGUGACCGCAGUAUGUUUGUGCAGGAGUUGUUGCUGUCAACACUUACAGACCAGAUACAGGUCCAGGGGGACAGUGAUGACCCUUCCGCGCUUCUAGAAGCUCUCAAAUCUCCCUCAUCUGAAGAAGUACAGGGAGAGUCCAAGGCAUGUGAUGAUAAGAAGCCCUCUGGCCCCACACAGAGUAAACCUGUAAUACCCUGUGUGGCCCCCACAACUACAAAGUCUGCGGAAAGCCGGCAAACAAGUUCAGCAGCCCCUUCCUCAAGCCAAAGGUCAAGCGGAAGUGGGUCUGGAGCUGCAGCCAGCAGCCGGCAACACGUUGGGGGGACAUCCAGCCAGGGUGGAGGAGGGGGGACCCGUCAAGUGUAUAAUUCCUUGUCUAAUCCUACCGCUGUAUCUCCUAGUGUUUCCAGUAGUAGUUCCGCCAGUGGUAGUUCCAUGCUACAGAUACCUGCCCGGGCCUCGGGGCACUCACGGGAUCCCAGGAUAAACCCAGCAGCAGCUAAACGAAAUCUGCUCAAACACAUGCCUCCCCCUCGAGCCUCGGACACAGAACCUCCUCAUUAAUAAUUACCCCACUUCUGGACUGUGACACUAAUAUAUACAAAGAAACCAGAUGGGAAUAACAAGAGACCUAUUCCAAAGUUGGAUGACUACUAUAUUAUUUAUUGCUUUGAUACAAGCAGAGUUGCUUGCUAUUGUGCACUUUGGACACAUACAAUAGAGCAGUGUAAUCGUUUGUCGUAUUCAGAAUUUGUGAUGUGCCCUGGUUAAGGCCAGGCUCAUGGUGAUGCCUUUAGUACAUUCAAGUACCGUAUCAAGUUCAUUACAAAUUUGGGGUGUGCCGAUUACUGUGAAUUGGCACUGUAUUGCAUAUUUUCAUCAUUUUUUUUCAAGACUAAAGACCUGUGAUAUGUAAUAUCUUGAUCUUUGAAUAUCCUACCAAAAUAAAGUUGGAUUCUAAAAUAGAUGUACUGUAGUGAUUGUGACCUCCAUUGUACAAACUUGUAUCUCACAGAGGUUUGAAAAUAACACAUUGUUAUUUGAAUUAGUCGGUCUAAUCACCUCACCCGUGUAAACUUGGUAGCCUCACUGAAAAGCCCUUACAGCAUCUCUCUCAACAGCUCUCCGUCAGUCAUGGUUUAACAUUGACUUCAUACUGCACAAUACAUAUGGACACACAUUUGCUGGAGCAUUUUUUGUAUCAGACAGCAAGUCUUCUGAAUGUAUGGUUAUUAUACUUAUUAUGGUUGAAAGACAGGCAGAUUGUGUUGGAGUUAUAAUGUCUGAUAUAUUUGUACAGUCAAUAAGAUAGACAAGAUUCAUUACGUUUUUCUUGUUGGUUCCCCUCAUCGUACCACUGGUUAGCUCAGGGAGUGUCCCCCUCUCACGACACCUGUAGUAUGAACACGGCUACCUACUGUCUGCACCAAUUGUAAUUCAUAUAAAUGCACAAUCAUUAUCUUGUGACAGUGAUCAUUCCCUUUCCCAUCUGACUGAGGAAUGUCUUGAUGCAAGACUUAUCUCCUUUUAUUCAUCUGCAACUAGUUUGUGUAUGAGUUGUACAAUAGACUUCCCAUUUCUUCAGUCAAGCAAUUCUGGAUAUUGCUGAGUGAUUGUUGUACAUCAUCCAUCAACUACUUACAUUGACUUCCUGAUGUUGGGAAAUAUUUCUGCAGUGUUAAAAAUAAACAAAUGUUAAGUGGAAAAAACAGAAUUUGUUUGGUGUUACUUCUGUAUGAUAAGGUUAGUUGUCAGUUUGUGGCUUUCAUGUAAUCAGACAGUUAGGUUGAUCAAUCUGAACCUGUUAACAUUAUGUGUUGAAGUAUUACUAAUGGCCAAAACUGCUUACAUGUAUGUGAUAUUUGUUGGAUUA